CGCAGUGACUAAAUAUGGGCUUCCUCCUCCCCAAAUAUGGACAUCUACGUCACGGAGAGAGGGUUUAAAAGCUACGGGAAACCUUUCCGCUCAGAGACAGCCCUGAGAGCCCACAAGCGCAACUAUAUGAGAGCAGAUAGAAAAACACAUAGAACUCCCAAACUGAGCACAUCGCACCAAAAGUACAAAAGUCAACAAACUACAUUAAAUCCAAGACGGUUAAUACCGGACUGGAAAAGUUAGUUUACUGUAAUUAUACAUAAAACAACAAGCCAUUUGUUUAUUCAUUUUUUGCAAAUGAGUAAAAAGGACACUUUGGAUUUUUUCUAAAAAAAACAACAACAAGAAAAAAGACAAGAGGAUCUUUUUACUCAUCUCUGAGAGAGAAGGGCAACCGACGGACAAGCGGAGCCCGAGAGGCAAGGAACGAGGCUGAGAGAGCGCAGCAUCGUCUUUGGCUUCUUCCCUGCACUCAGCCAGCGUGCAGCAGCAGUCAGUCAGCCCGACGCGCACGCUUCUCUGCUCGCCGGGCUCCACACUUUCAACCCUGCUCGAGCUCCAGCAGCACCAGAAGAGGAUGGCUGCUGCCAAGACAGAGAUGCUCCUCCCGGCGCUGCAGAUUUCAGAGCCUCUGAACUUCCCUCACUCCCCCAUGGAUAACUACCCCAAGCUGGAGGAGGUGAUGAUGCUCAGCUCAGCGGGGACACCCUUCCUCACAGCCUCCGCGCCCGAAGGUGCCGGCUUUGGCUCCGGUGAGCCAGGGGAGCCGUACGACCACCUUGCUGGGGAUACACUACCUGACAUCUCCUUCAACUGUGAGAAAACAGUCGGGGAGCAGACGUACCCCACCCCAAGGCUACCCCCUAUCUCCUACACGGGUCACUUCACUCUAGAACCUGCCACUGCCUGCAGCAACAGCCUUUGGGUGGAGCCUAUUUUGGGUGUGUUCACUGGUCUGAUGGGCAACAUUCCAGCAAGUUCGAGCUCUUCGUCCACCAAUUCACAGAACUCAUCGUCCUCAUCUUCGUCCGCCCCGACAUCCUCCUCGUCCCCCUCUUCUACCUCCUCCUCGUCACAGAGCGCCAGCCUCACGUCCUCAAUUCACCACAAAGAACCUAACCCUAUUUAUUCGGCCGCCCCAACCUACCCCAACCCUAACUCCGACAUAUUUCCUGACCAAAGCCAAGCCUUCUCCAGUUCCAGUGGAGGCACGCAGUACCCUCCCCCUGCCUACCCUAACAGUAAAACCUGUGGAACAAGCUUUCCAGUGCCAAUGAUUCCUGACUAUCUGUUCCCACAGCAGCAGGGAGAGAUCAGCCUGGUGCCGCCUGACCAAAAGCCAUUCCAGAGUCAAUCAAGUCAGCCCUCUCUAACCCCUCUGUCUACCAUCAAGGCCUUCGCCACACAGACAGGCUCUCAAGACCUGAAGAGUGUCUAUCAGUCUCAGCUGAUCAAGCCCAGUCGCAUGCGCAAAUACCCCACCCGACCGAGCAAGACCCCCCCACACGAGAGACCCUACGCCUGCCCGGUGGAGACGUGCGAUCGCCGCUUCUCGCGCUCCGACGAGCUGACUCGCCACAUUCGCAUCCACACGGGGCAGAAGCCCUUCCAGUGCCGCAUCUGCAUGCGCAACUUCAGCCGCAGUGACCACCUGACGACGCACAUCCGCACGCACACGGGAGAGAAACCUUUCGCCUGCGAUAUCUGCGGACGCAAGUUCGCUCGUAGCGACGAAAGGAAAAGGCACACAAAGAUCCACCUGCGGCAAAAGGACAAAAAGGCAGAGAAAACGGCAUCUGGGGCGGUACCGGUGUCGGCUCCCGUAUCGGUAGCAUCGCCCGCUUCUAGCUAUCCCUCGCCCAUGACUUCAUACCCUUCCCCUGUGUCUUCGUACCCAUCCCCUGUUACCUCCUGCUACUCCUCUCCAGCUCACACUUCCUAUCCGUCUCCCUCAAUCGCCACUACCUAUCCUUCAGUGUCCAUGUCAGGCACUUUCCAGUCCCAGGUAACCUCACCUUUCCCUUCCUCAGUCACCUCCAACCUCUACAACUCCCCAGUGCCAACCCCACUAUCAGACCUGCAGACCACCCUUUCCCCAAGGACAGUCGAGAUCUGCUAAGAUUGCUUCCAUAAGUUCAUUUGAAAGGACUUGCAGCAGCAUCUAAAGACUCUAGAGACUGUUGUUCUCCCUUCCAAAAUAAAACAAAAAAGCACUUUUGUGACUGUGCAGUGGUGGGUCAAUCCUGAGAUUUAUCCAUGAAAGAAAAGGAAAAAUGUACAAGGACUGGGCAAGGUUUUUCCUUCAACCCUGACAAAAAAAUGAAGCACUUCAAAUGCAUAACGGACUGAACAGAGAAUAUUGGAUUCAACAGUUUUGGCUCUUUACUAUCAGGUACACCCAAGAAACAGAUAAAAAGUGAAGAUCGCCAGCAGCUGCAGUGCUCAAACAUGUCCGCCCCUUGUAGGCAUGCAUACAGUACAAAGGACAAUGACUGAUAAGCUAUCAUAUAUGUAUAUUGUACAUGUGCCAUGUUUUGUUCCUAUCAUUCUUUGAUAUCAUUGAUGUGAACAAUGAUUUGCAUAGUUGCAUUGUAUUAUUUGAAGUGAGCAGGGCCACAUUUUCUACAUAUUUUCUCUAUUAUGUAGUGAUGCUGCUGUGAUACGUUUCAUUUGGAAAAAGACAAAAAAAAAGCACUUACGUAUUCAAGCAUGAGUAGGAGUAAUGUUAGUUUCUGUUUGUAAAUAUCAUCCACUGGUACUCUUUUUCUCUCUUUCUCACAUGUGGGGACAUAUCGUUGAGUAAAGAAAAAAAUAUGAAAAGAGCAUACCCCCCCAACUCUGAAAAAAAACCUAACAAAAAGGACAAACGCUCCCGUUAUUUGGUGCCUUUUGUGAAGCCUUGCUGAUGUCGUGAAUCGGCUGAGUACGAGAGAGAGGAUGCGUUGCAUCCCGCCUUAAGGACUGAGGGAAUAUUUUUGUUACAGAAUGUAAGUCACACUCGAAGGGAAGAAAAAAGGAUGAGGGCACUGCUUCAUUUAAUUAGAAUGUAAGCAAAAAAGAGAACAUUUAAAGUCUAUUUUUCUAAGUGUAAAUAUCCACAUCUUAAAGAGCCGGAAUGUUGACGUUACCUACUGAGUAGGCAUGGUAUUCUUUUGUAUGUUCGAUACAUGCAGUUCAUUAUUUUGUGGUUUUCUUUAUUUUGUAUGUGUGUUUGUCCAAACAAGUGACUGUUCCAGGCUUCUGAACACAAUGAAUGCGCUUAACUGCCAAUGGGAUAUUUGGUGUAAAAGAUAUCCGCCCAGAAUUUAAAUAUAAAUAAAAAUGUGAA